AAUGUUCUCAGUAGUCGCGUAAAAUCGUUGCGAAGUGCAACGUCGUCGGGAGUCGGGACUCGACGCAUGUGCUCUAUUACCUAAAGAGCCCAAGCAUAGAGUCCUGUGUCGGCUAAAGACAACGUUCCUAAUUUAAACUCGCGCAUCCUAUAAUUAAAUCAAAAGUGAAUGUGCGGGAACAUUUUGUAAACUGAAAUCAUAGACUGUGUAUUGUGUGAACUGUAUGAUACUGAUUUAAGAAAAAUGGGGAAGAAGAAGAAAAAUAACGGCAAAAAAGGCAACAGAUUCUUUCGUUGGAUACGAAGUGACCUGCCCGAUGACGAAGACAAGAAAUCGCCGGUUCUUCUUCUCGGCGUGAACAAAAUAUCGGACUCUCCGUUUGUACGUCGAAGACCAACAGAUCCUAACACUUCUGGUUCAAUAAGAUUCUUCCGGCCGCCAAAAUCCAAAUAUACACGAGGGUUAAAUGGAGACGAAAGAUUGGAAAAGAUAAGACAAGAUCUCCUCGUUCAUAAAAGUAAACCUGACAGAUACAUUCCAAAUACUAAGCAUGAAGUUACAGUAGAGCAGGAAAGUAGAAAUUGUAUAAAAUUAAGCUGUGUUAAGAAUUGUAUCUGCGACAGAAAUAAUUCCUCAUCGAAUAGAGGUUCGUUCUCUUUUCAUAGACCAGAAAAUCGUCAGUCCUCUCUUUGUCCUUCAGAACCGUAUGGAAAAUCUGAUAAAGACUAUUCAGAAAAUGAAAUAGAAUUCAAAUACACAGAGCGCAUUCCAGAUGUACAACCUUCGAGCAGCAAGCAACAUUCGUACAACGUAACACCAAAGUCAACCGACAGAAAACAUUUUUUACUAACGAAUCUCAAUGAAAGGUUUCGUAAAACGCUGAGCUUAGAUUCGAGAAAAAUUGAAACUAAUCGUGACGUAAGUUUGCCACAGAACUCAAGGCCGAAAUCGUUAGUUAACACGAGUAACAUCUGCGUUCAACCGUUCAAACCCUCAGACUCAUUCGUGCGCCAAAAUUUUGAAAAAGCUAACCCUCCAAAAAAGAAACGAAAGUCAUUUUUCUCCUUAGAUACAUUCUUUGAUAAAAAGUCUGACACAUCUUCUAUAGAUGACUACUGUUCCUCAAAAUAUAAACGCUUCGAGCUCGAAAGUGAUGAUUCACCGCUUUUUAGGCGUGAGUAUUCUAGAGAAAAAACUCCUGAUCUUUUAAACUUGCCUGUUAUCAUCGACUCGGUCCGUAAGAAACAAUCGGACACCAAAAGGCAGUUAGAAAAAUUAGAAAACCAUUACUACAAAAGUUUAAGUAAGACGCGAACAGUUAUAGACGCAAUACCGGCCGAUGCCACCGACGUACAAGGACCUAGCGGACAUUCCAAUCAUUUAUUUGUUUAUGACGAUGAUGUCGAAUACAUCGAACCGAUAAGAAGCAACUUUACUAGCCAGAGUACUUUGAUUCUAGACAAAAACAACCAAAACGAUGAUUUUAAGCCACCAUCCAUUUUGACUAUCAAUACAGAUGAUACUGAUAUAAAACUACCUAGUUCCACUGUUUCUCCUAAAUCCAAUGAGGUAAAAAACUUUGAUAAUGAUUUGGAUAGUAUCGGUGCAUUUGAAAUAGAAGUAAAAGAGGCUGACUUAUUGAAAGAUUGCUCAAAGAAAUUAAUAGUAAAAGUGAUGGAUAAGUCAGUAGAUUCGAUUGGAAGUUGUUCGUUAGACGUCGACGCGAGCACGGACUUUUCAGAUACAACAUCUGGGAGUCUGAAUCUCCUAACCCCGUCAUCAACGACUAGUAGAAUAAGGGACUUCACUUCUCGCAUUCAAGAAAGAGCAUACUCCAACAACCAAACCAGCUUUGCACAGAUCCCCGUGACACCGUCUAAAACUCCAGAUAAUCCCACGCCAACUCCAAAUAAAUCACAUAAUCUACUAAAACCUCCACCCAAAAUCCAUAUCGAUUCUUCAAGCCACAGAUCAAGAAGUCAUCAGAAAAAACGUGACGAAUUACCACACAAAAAACCUAGUUAUCUUAACUUGGCCUGUUCCGUUAACGGAUACUCAAAUUUAACAACGUAUGACUCAAAAUUGCGACAAGACAUCAACAAAAGUCGAGAAGCAUCUCCAAUAAGGCCGAUCACACACACAUACCAGUACAGAAGCGAAAAUAAUUCCCUACUAGUUCCGAUUCCCGUAAGUGCUAACAAGCUGUUGGUACCAACAUUUGGCCCUCAUGAUACGCGCACCAAUUUGACACAAAAAGCGCCUUCCAAGGCGCACACAGAUCCGCACCUCGCGUCUCCGAUAAAUGCCUUUAUGGCAGCUGAAAAUAAACAGCUGAAAGACGAGUUUCUCGGCAGUAUGACGACCACCAGUAGGCCUUACAUUUCCAACGAAAGUAAAAACUUCGCUACGUCGAUGCUUCACCAAAAAGAUGAAGUGGACCAUGUCAAGGAGACUACUUUCAAGUCUAGCUACUCCGAAACCAAUUUCCGUCAAUCUGUAACUACUACCAAGGAAACGAAAUUCACCUCUGAAUCGUAUACAAUUUCUUCGAAUGGCGUUUCGAAACGAGUAGAAAUUACGAAAGAAAAUGGAGAGAAACUGACGAGUCCAAUGAAAAGCUUCAUCCAGCAACGAGUUGAGCGUCUCUACGGGCCGGGAGCACUCGCCCAAGGGUUCUUCAACCAAAAGAGGCAUAAACUAAAGAGUGGUGGCGAGGACGACGACCCCAAAGUUUUAACUGAAAAGUCCCUCAACUGUCCCAAUGAACGGAUACUGUCCCCACGCAAGUCAACGGAUAGUUUUGACAGCGAAAACGUGUACACUAGUCCCAAAGAAGAAGACCAAGUAUUGCCAGUAUUGAGGCAUCUCAGGCCCGAAUUCCGAGCGCAGCUGCCGGUACUCUCGCCGAGGAAGAGUUUGAAAUCGGACCUAUCACCUCAAAAAUCAGAAGAAGACAUUCCGAAGCCUGCCAAGACUGAUUCAGUAGAAAAUGAGACUAGUGAAGUGACAAAUGGUGUUUCUGUGAUAAAUUUAGACGAUUCCAUUAAAUCUGUGAAUGGUGUAAAUGGGCUUGAGAUAGUGAAUGGGGAGGGAGUGAAGGACGCUUAUUACUUUAUAGACUUGGAAAAAAAAGAGACUGAAAGAUUGAUUGCAUUGGCCGUUGGUGCUGAAAAGGAGUUGGAAAGCUUACAGGAUAAGGAAAAUGUGAGCGAAGAAGUUCUUGGCCUGUUAAGAUCGGCCGCUGGUAAAGCAAGACUCCUGGCAACACAGAAGAUGCAACAAUUUGAAGGUCUGUGCUACAACAACAUAAACGAGCGCGGCGACGAGCAGUUUCCCACCACGGUGGAGGACCUGCAGGGCUUCUGGGACAUGGUGUGCCUCCAGGUGCGGAAUGUCGACGCCCUGUACCAGCAUAUAGCCGCGCUCAAGGCCAAUGAUUGGCAGGAGGUAGCGCCAGUAGUAUCGAAGCAGGUGGCUGCGUCGCCGGCGCGCGCCCGCACUCGCACGCCGCAAGUCAAGAACGAGAAGGCGCGACUCGCGGCCGAGAAACGCGAGGCCGAAAGAAAAGCUAUGCUCGAGCAACGCAGGAGGGCCGCUCGUGAGCGCCAGCUAGCCGCCCGCGCCGCGCCCGCUGCUGGCCCGGCAGGUGAUGACGAUAAGCUCGUGGACGGACAGGAGGUAGAAAUCUUCGUUGGCAAAAGUGCAAAACCCGCAGCUUUGUCACAGGAGAGCAGCGCUCGAAGCUGAUUUGUGUUGAAGCUGACAUCUUAAGUUAUUGUUCACGCAAGCAAUGUUAUUACUAAAUUAUUGUAUGCUGUGUGACUGUAUGCAUUAUUUUUUAAUUAUUCUCUACAUUUAUUUAUUAACUUUUUUAUAGUGUCUAUAUGAUGAAUUAGGAUUGUGAAUUAAUUUUUAAAUAUUUUUAUUAUUUUGCAUUAUUUUAUUUAUACACUUUACUAUGUGAUUAAAUCAUUACGAUGCAUACAGUUUCACAUUUAAAAUUCCUAAUAACUUUGUCACAUUUCCUAUUUGUGAUUACAAAAUAUUAUAUCGCCACAACAUGAUGUUACAUAAAACAAAUAGAAUUUAAACCUAACGUGGCUAUUGGUAUUAUUUAGCAUUUAUUUAUUGUUAAAUUAUCUAGUAGAGUAUAAAUAUUUCUUGUGAUGGUAAAACUUGGAAAUGCAAUAACUUUUUUGGUUUUUCAUAAAGUUUCGAGAAUCUCUAGAACUUUUCGAUCAAUGCGCUGCUUGUUAUUUUUACAGUAAAUACAUAGCAAAUAGCAAUAGACAAACUGUACUCGGCCUUAGAAACAGCCUAUAACUCACUGAACGCCAACGAAUAAGUCUAGAAUAGUAUAGCACUUAUGUCUAAUAUGCACAUUAUUAUAUUAGCGAUUAUCGUGGCCACUUUUUAUCAUAGUUCGUGAACUCGAUAAAAUUAUUUAUAUCAUUAUCUUUCCGAUGCAAUUAAAUUCGACGGAACUUUGCAAAGGGAGGCAGAGAACUAUAAUAGUUGGUGUUUGCAUUUUCCAUGGUAACUGCUAAUUUAAUUUUAAAAUUAUCUGUAUAGAAGUUAACCAAUAAACUAAUUUUAAGUGCUUAAAAAUGACAACAGUUGAUCUCUAACUUUACGAUAUAAAAAAUCUUUAGCAAUCAAGUUCUUAUUUAUUGAUAAAUAAUCGUUGGUCAUGGUCACUGGUUUCACAAAUAAUUCAAACGAAAUAUGUAGUAAUAGGUUUUCAGAAGAAACUAAUUACUUAUCAGGCAGGUGAUAUGCCUAAAUUUUGAAUGUAUAAUGAACAAUUUGGUCUAAUGAAUUAAUCGACUGCAAUAUUCAUGUUUAAAUUAUAUUAUUUGAUAUUCGUUAUUUUAUUACUAUCCUAUUUUCAAUAAUAAUGUGAAUUUUCAACCCAUGUUAAUCUGUUAACUGGUGUGUAAAACCCACGUCAAACCUUGUGCUGUGUUUUGUAAGGCUGUUUACACACACGCCGCGGCGGCGCUGCUGCAUACAUUUCUAUGGGCCCUUUUCACACGACGCUGCCGCGGCGCCGUGUGUAAACACGCUAAGACCAGUCGAGGUUUGCUAAUAAAUAUCAAGUGAAGUGAUUCACAGACAAACAUGUUGUGAGCUUUAUAUCUGACUGAAAACGAACAGGGAUUUUAUUAUGGUUAUGAAGUUACAAUGUUUUAUAUAUUGCUCAUGUUUUAUCAAUUCAAUGAAAUCAAAUUGCUGUAUAAUAUUAUAACUUACUCAAAAUAUAGAUUUAGUUUACAGUAAUGUUUAAAGCUGAUAAUGAAUUUGAAUAAAUUAUUGUUUACUUGGA